AUGUUAGAUGAACUAUAUAAAGCAGAACGUGGAGAGUUGGAAAAGAAACUUCAAGCAAAAGAUGAAGUCAUUGAAUCCAAAGACAAAAGCAUACAGAAAAGAAUACCGCGUUCAGUACCAAAAGGAAAGGAAAAGAGUUAUAAGUAUAUGAUAUAUACUGAAAAGUUGGAGAAAGAAGAAGAUAAAGAUAUGGUUAUGUUACAUUUAGUCAGAAGAAACAACAAGAGCUUUUAUGACUUAGCUAAGAUAUAUAAAUCUGACAGAAAGUGGUUCUAUCGUGAAAACUUACCGAUUUCAAUGACACCGAAUGAACAAAUAAAGGAAAUUGUCAAAAAUACUCUUCCUCAAACACACUAUGACAUCAAAGGUUGCACAAUACUUACAUUCAAAGAAGACUUAACAUUACUGAAGGAAAAAAUAACAGAAUAUUUCAAUAACUUCAAAGAGGAAGAAUAA